AGUUGUGAAUAAUUGUCGGACGGACAGCACAACGUUCCAUCCUAGCCACGCCCCGCCUCCAUCUCACAUGCAGCUGAAUGCGGCCGGUCCCUGCUCCACGUCCUGUCUGACGUUACAUCCGCCUGUCUGCCCCCCAGCGGUGACCGGAAACGACAGCUGUACAAUAAUAACAGUGUGCAGCCUGGGGCUCUGAUGCCGGGCACAUCACCCGCUGCCGCUGCUUUAUGAAUGUUGCCGGCUGUGUCUCUGUGUGCAGGAGCGGCUCCACCUCUGACAUUGGUGGAUCAGUGAGAAAAGUACAAUGGUAUCGGUGGCUGAACGAGGAGCGGAGCCCUGUGUGACUGACCAACAGCAUUCUGCAGAGGAGGAGAUUGAUAUUAAAACCUGCACUGAUGAAUUUAAGAGCGAGUACAAGUUGGAACAAGAUGACAUUUCCCUUGGUUUGGAAAAUAGUGUGGUAAAUGAUAUAAAAAAGGAAGACUCCGAUCUUCAAGAGAUUCAAGGGGGUACACCACUGUCAAGCUCUGGCAACGGGACUGUUUUUACAGAAUGCGCAGAUCUUGUCACAAAUAAGACAAAUCCCAAAGGGGAGCUGUCUUUUUUGUGCUCUGAAUGUGGGAAAAGUUUUGCCAGCAAGUUCAAACUUGGCAGACAUCAAAGAAUUCACACAGGAGUCAAACCAUUUUCAUGUCUUGAAUGCGGGAAAAGCUUCAUCAGGAAGUCCCAUCUUGUUAUACAUCAAAGAGUUCACUCCGGGGAGAAGCCAUUUGCAUGUUUUGAAUGCGAUAAGUGUUUUGGGGAUAAGUCAGAUCUCAUAAGGCAUCAGAAAAUUCAUUCUGGAGAAAAACCAUAUUCAUGCGCCGAAUGUGGGAAGUGUUUCAGCCGCAAGUUCCAUCUUUACACACAUCUGAGGAUUCACAUUGGGCCAGCGAUGUACCCCUGUUCUUACUGCGAGGAAUGUUUUAGGAAAAAAUCUGACUGUGUCAAACAUGAGAAGAGCCAUACCGGACAAACUGGAUUUAUAUGCACCGAAUGUGGAAAAUCGUUUAAGCAGGAGUCUCAUUUUAGUACCCAUUUCCGAAUUCAUACAGGAGAGAAACCGUUUUCAUGUGGUGAAUGUGGAAAAUGUUUUAGCGAUAAGUCUGUCCUGGUUCGGCACCAGAAAAUUCACACUGGAGAAAAGCCAUACACCUGCCCCAUGUGUGGAAAAGGCUUCAUCCGCAUGUCGCACCUCGUGAUACAUCAGCGAACUCACACUGGCGAAAAGCCUUUCGGAUGCUCUGAAUGCGGAAAAGGUUUCCCUAACAGCUCGCGGCUUCUCAAACAUCGCGUAAUUCACACAGGAUAGCUUUUUACUGUUGCUGAUCCAUUCUAUAAUUUGUGUGAAGAACAGUAAAUCCAUGUGUCAGUAUAUGCUUUGUGUGUGUUGUACAGUAUUAUAUGUGAGACUCCUAUAGUAGAGGUGCAGUUCGCAUGCUGAAAAAAAUAGCUGUAGUUUGUCACUUCCUGGUAGCCAUUUUAGAAAUGUUGGACAUGAGAAAAUCUUUUGUAUUCCCAUCACACAUGCACAUUAUGAAGCAGGUUAUGAGAUGAUUUAGUAACAUAGGGCAUGAUUCUGAGUUGUACAUGAUUGUUUGUUUGCAUGCAGCUCCAAUGGUGGGCAAAGUGUGCAUGUGCAAUGCAGCUCCGGUCAGGGAUGUCGAAGCCUGAUUGACAGACUGCAGCCGCUUGUGAGUGGGUAGGGUGGUCGUUUCAGAAAACAGGUGCGUGUUGGGCCCAGUUUUCUCCGGAUGCAGAUUUCCUGGCCUUGGCUGCCGAGUUCGGGGUGGCCAUUCCGCGUAAGCUUAGGGUUACUCAGAUGGCUGAUGGUGAUCUGAUGGAGCGGCUUCAGAUGUAGUACUCGGACCUGCAAUGUUGGUAGUGGGCGUCUUUUGUUCUUAGAUGCCUCCUGCAGCAUAAGCAUAUUAUUGCAUCACUGCUGCAUCCAAAGAUGCAGCAGUGAUGCAAAUAGCGUCCAACUUGCAAUCAGGCCCAUAGUGUAAUUAGCUUCAAAACAGUCUGCAGAUUUGUGUAAAAUAUGUUUUUAGCUCACAUACACUAUAAUAAACUCUCAUGAGGAGGGCCAUCUCCACCAGUUUUGCACAACUGUAUUCCAUAUGUGUGAUCCCGUGCUUUAUAUCCCACGGUUAUCCUGAGCAGUUGCACAGACAAUAAUAUAUAGUAGAAGGCAUCAAUGGUUCAUGUAUUGUAGUCUAUAUUUUAACAGCUAUAGGAGGUUCUCCCAGGGAGUUCUUAGUGGAGAGUCGGUCGCAAUUAAAAAUACAAAGGAAAAACAAAACCAAUACAGGUUGAGUAUCCCUUAUCCAAAACUAAAAACCCCAAAUUUGUGGGUCACCUACUGAGAAAAUGACAUAAAUAUUAUAUAUAUUACUUAUAUGUGUAUGUAUGUGUGUGUGUGUGUGUGUGUGUGUAUGUAUAUGUAUGUGUGUAUAUAUAUAUAUAUAUAUAUAUAUAUAUAUAUAUAUAUAUAAUAUAAUAUAAUAUAAUAUAAUAUAAUAUAAUCUUCCACCCCGCGCUCAACCCACCAGCAGCAAUAUGGAGAAAGUCCCUGUUGGUGAACUUUCAAAGAAUAACAUAAACAAAACACUAACCAAUUGCGCUUGGUAUAACUUUAAAACACUCGGAUUUUAGUAUUUCCAGUAGCUGGAUAUGUAUACAUAAUAUGUCAUUAUCUCGGUAGGAGACCAAAAAAUGUGGUAUUUUUGAUAAGGGAUACUCACUCAACCUGUAUUAUGUUUCUAUUCAGAAGACAUCACAUAUACAGUCUAUGGGAAACAAAGUUCUCCUUACGUCAAACUAUACAAUCCUUUAGACUCAUCUAGUACUAAAUUUGCUUUAUCAAAUUUGAUAUGUCAAAUAAGCAAUAACAGAUUUGAUUUUGCAAUUACUUAUUCAACAAAAAAUAAGGCAGAAAUGAAGAAGCCAUGUGUGAAAACAUCUGUACACCCUUACUAUUUAUAGGUAAAGAAGAAUAUUGCGCCAGAUGCUACUAAUUGAGUACACUUCAUUUUUUAAUCCACUGCCAUCUCGCUAAACUCCAAUCCAUCCAUAACGCUUCUGUGCAGAUUAUCGUUCUCUCCAACCAAACUGUCUGCCUCCCCGCCACACCAGGUUCCACACUGGCUCCCCUUCACUUACAGAAUCCAAUUCAUUCUACUCACACUCGCCUUUAAAGGUACCACCAAUCUACAUCUCUAACCUCCUCUCCCUCCGCGCUCCCGUCUGCUCACUUCGCUCUGCCAGCUCUCUUCCCAAUGGAUUACCUCAUCACACUCCCACCUCCAGUAUUUCACCUGUGCUGCUCUCCAUCACUGGAACUCUUCUCCCUCUUUUUUUUGUUUUUUAGACUAUCCACCUCUACAAAGCUUCAAACUGGCUCUCAAAACCCAUGUCCUUCUUAUUAUAAACUCCCUUCUCCCCUUUUUCCUCACUCACUGACUCACUCAUCGUCUGUCACCCAUAUCUGCCUGGGGAUGCCUUCAGAAUGUCGCUAUAGACAUAAGCUGGACAAGAAAAAUGUCAACAUGGCUAGAAUGCGACAUGUGGACACCAGAAUGUUAAAUGUCCAUUUUUGUUGUGAACCUUAAGGCUUUUGCACUGUACAUCUUAUGUCUCACUGUAUCUUUUCAUGCUGUACAUAUGUAAGGGCCUGCACACCACUUUGUGGCACCAUAUAAAUGAUCGAUAAUCAUAAUUAUACCCUGAUAUGUACAAAUUCAGAUUUGACAGAAGGCGCACGUUUCUUUUCAUAGGACUGUUUUUAUUAUUACAGGCUCACGUUCAGCCUAUCCUGAGGCUUUUAUUGUCCCCUAGAGCAGUGGUUCUCAACCUCUGUCCUCAAGUAACCCCAACAGUUCAUGUUUUCCAGGUCACCUAGCAGUUGAACAGGUGUAUUCAUUACUCACUGACACAUUUUAAAAGACCCACAGGUUGAGCAAAUUAUUUCACUUGCAAUCCUGUGAGGAGACCUGGAAAACAUGAACUGUUGGGGGUACUUUAGGACCGCGGUUGAGAACCACUGCCCUAGAGUAUAUACGUAUUCUGGACAACCAAAAGCGGAUAUUUAAGUGAUAUAUAAGAAGGUAAGUUUCAUGGUGCUGUUAGACUUCCUACUUCCAGCAAAACAGAAGGUCAAAAAGCUGAAAUGACAGAGCAUGUCAUGUCACUAUCCUUGCUGUGCAAUAAAUCCCCAUGAUCCCUGUAUGUUAAUCCAUUAUUUUGAAGAGUAUUUCUAGCAGAUAGAGGACUAAACUUUCUUGCUUAAACUUUGACUUGCUAAGCAUUAUUUUAAUAGUCUCCAGUGAUGGUAGUGGCAGAGGACUCCUAGCACACUGGAUAGAUAACAGUAAGUAUACUUCGCACAGUGUACCAGCUCUAGACGUGGACGCAAUGUUGUUUGCGGAUCUGCUCUAUUUUGUUUUGUACUGUGCAUGCGUCACAUUUGCACUGAGCACAUGUGAGAUUACAUUACUGAUGGUGGUCGGCGUGAGGCUUUGGUCACAGAAUGACGGACAGUUACUGUUUGUGGGUGGUAAUGGGGGUGCUGGGAAUCAAACGCAGUCAUGUUUAAAGGGGCGUCUCAGUCUGCGACUGCGUCUUUAUGCUGUUACAAUGACUGGCAUUCUGGUAAUCGCAGUACAAAUCCCAGCACCUGCGGCAUUAGUAUAUUGUCACAGAUCCUCUGUGUAUAAAAUUGUGAUGGGAUUUGUGUGCAGCUCUGCACCAGGCUCAGUGUUACACAAGCUUUGAUGUAUAGGUGCUGAAUAUAGGGAUUGCUUGCACUUUAAUGGGAGUUGGUCUACUAACGUAUCUGGAGACAGCGCGCUUCACAAUUCCUUUCUUACCUAACAUUAUUAUUUUAUUUGUUUAUCAGAACUCUUGUUUCAUUUCCAUUGCAGUUCAGUGUGUGUAUACCUUUACUGUAAUAAAGUGUCAGCGUAUGUGGUGUGUACUAA